CCUCAAAUCCAAACGUUUGAAUCCUUGAUUCCAUCUUAUCUUACGUUAAUAUAUGUUGACCCCGGAAAUUAUCUCAGUUCUUUUUAUGCAUUUGUUGCAAAUUACACUAACCAACUAAUCUGGGCAUUCUUAUCUAGUACUCCAAUAGUGCCGUUCGUCUCCAUCUCAUACCAUCCAAAGUUAUGGUAUUUUUGAAAGGGUGGAAAAAUCUGUGCUAUUUUUGGUUCAGGUGAAAAAGGGUCUCCAUCUUUUUAACCACCUUAAGCACUUAGCGUUGAAGGUGCCCUAACAACGUGUCGGUGGGAUGUUAGUGCGCCAGUGGGAUGCUAGUUGGCGACAGACGCUCCGUUAGCUGGCGACCUGCCGUUCUGUUCUGUAGUGCCAACUUGUUCUUUUUUUUUGGUUCAAUUUUUAGAUAUAAUAAGACUUCUACAUAGAGUAAGUGCACAUGCAAAACGAGACAAAUUAUUAGCAUAUGAUUGAAUUUUAAUUAUUUAAAACUUAAAAAUAGAUUUAUUUGAUUUUUUAUAACAACUUCUAUGAAGAAAUUUUUCGUACGAAACACACCGUUUAGCCGUUUUGAAAAACAUGCUAACAGAAACCGAGAAACAUUUAUGCCAUUGGAGUUUAGAACGGAGCCUAAUACUGAUACUAAAUUGCCAUGCUGUCGGAAAGUAGGUGUAGCUGGUUAGCUUUUUAAAUAAUGUGCGUCUCCAAUCUCAAUCUCAAUUCCUUCCGCACAUGGCCUCCACCAAAACAAUCUACAAUAAAUAAAGAAGGCAAACUCACCUGCAGAUAUCCACUUCUACUCUGUGGAGAUCUGAAUCAAGCACACUGCACACUGCACACACACAGAAACCAUGGCGGAGGGCGUUGUAGGAUCGCUGAUCGGCAAGCUUGGUGCGGCCUUGGCGAAAGAGGCAGCAACCUACGGCGCAUCGCUGCUCUGCCAGGAAGUCUCUGCUCUCAAGCGUCUCUUUGCCCAGAUCCGGGACGUCAAGGACGAGCUGGAGAGCAUGGAGGCCUACCUCCAUGGAGCUGAGCGGUUCAAGGACAUCGACGAGACUACUGGAAACUAUGUCAAGAAGAUCCGAGGGCUGGCUUUCGAGAUCGAGGAUGCUGUUGACGAGUUCACCUACAAGCUGGAGGACAAGCAUGGGGGAUUCACUGCCAAGAUGAAGAAAAGGAUCAAGCAUGUCAAGGCAUGGCGUCGUCUCGCACUCAAGCUGCAAGACAUCAAGCAAAGGCUUAAAAAUGCCGACGAGAGGAAGAUCCGUUAUGAUCUGAGUGGGAUUGAAAAGAAUGGUCACUCUAAAUCCCCUGAACAAUCUUUUCAGUUUGCGAGGGAAGAGGAUCUUGUGGGGAUUGAGAUAAAUAAGGAGUUGCUGAUGCAGUGGCUUGUGGGUGAUUCGGAACAAGGGUGUAAAAUUGCAACAGUUUGGGGGAUGGGAGGUGUGGGAAAGACCACUUUGGUUUCCCAGGUGUACAAGACUGUGAAAUUGGAUUUUGAUGUUUCUGGAUUCGUGACUGUCACAAACAGCUACCAGUUUGAUGAUCUAUUGAAGAAGAUCUCCACAGAGUUCGAAAUUCCAAUCGACGCUGAUAACAUUGCAGUGGGAAGCCUAGUUGAGAGCAUUCAUCACCAUCUGCAAGGUAAAAGGUACAUUUUGGUUCUUGACGAUGUUUGGCAACCGGAUGUUUGGUUUAAGCUAAGGAAUGCGUUUCCUACUGAAAGCACUGGUCGGUUUAUUUUCACUACUAGAAUGCAGGAAGUAGCAUUGCUAGCAACUAAAAAAUGUACAAUUGAGUUAGCACCGUUAGAUGCACAUUGUUCAUGGCAGUUGUUCUGCAAAGAAGCAUUUUGGAACGCUGACAACAAAACAUGCCCUGAGGAACUACAAGAUAUAGCUUCGAUGUUUGUAGAUAAGUGUGCUGGCUUGCCCAUUGCCAUUGCAUGCAUAGGCCGCUUAUUAUCCUGCAAACACCCGAUAUACUCUGAAUGGGAACAUGUGUACAAGGACUUAGAGCUUCAGCUCACCAACAAUGUGAUCCUUGAUGUUGAUAUUGUUCUGAAAGUCAGCUUGGAGGAUCUUCAACGUAAUUUGAAGAACUGUUUUUUGCACUGCACAAUAUUUCCAGAAAGUUAUGCAUUCAACAGAAAAAGAUUAAUCAGACAUUGGAUAGCAGCUGGAUACAUUCAAGAGGUAGGUAGCAAAACAGUAGAGGAAGUGGCAGAGGGCUACUUAAAUGAACUUGUAAACAGAAGCCUGUUACAGGUAGUUGAGCGCAAUCUAUCUGGUCGAGUUCGCAGGUGCCGAAUGCAUGACAUAAUCCGUUUACUUGCCCUCAGAAAAUCGAAGGAGGAAUUUUUUUGUCAAGUUUACAAGGGCUCUGAGGCAUGUUCAAUCGAGAAUACACGUCGUUUAUCAAUCCAAAAUGUAAGUAUUCAACACCUUUCUGGAUCAAGUGCACCAUGUCUCCGAUCCCUCCAUGUUUUCAGUAUUUAUCGGAGAAUUGAUUCGCUGGAGGCUUUCCUCAAAUCAUUCAAGUUUCUGUCAACGUUGGAUCUUCAAGGUAUUUCAAUCAAGAGGCUACCUAAGAUUGUUUUUGACUUGUUUAAUCUACGGUUCUUGGGUCUUCGCAAAACAUAUAUCGAGUAUCUCCCAAAAGAACUGAGUAGGUUACAGAAUUUGGAAGUCCUGGAUGCUUAUGAUUCUAAGCUAUUGAUUCUUCCAGUGGAAGUGGCCACACUUUGGAAACUGAAAUAUCUAUAUGUGGUAAGAGUUCCAGAGGGAUCUUAUGAUAGAGUUCUUGCUUUUGACGGCCUCCAAGUGCCUAUGGGUAUCUGUAAUUUGAUUGACUUGCUGGCCCUGCAACUUAUCGAAGCUAGCACUGAGGUUCUGCGUCAUAUUGGAUGUUUAACCAAGUUAAGAACCUUUGCAAUCGGUAAAGUUAGAAAUGAACACUGUGCAGAUUUGUGCGACGCAAUCAUGAGAAUGACUUGUCUUGUUCAUAUUACAAUCAUUUCAGCUGAUGAGAAAGAAGUGCUACAGUUAGAAACACUUUGUUUACCUUCUACUAUUGCAAAGAUUGAUCUAGGGGGCAGGCUAAGCAAGGAAUCCAUGUCACAGUUGAUCUCAACCAGUUCAAACCUCGUUAACCUUACUGAAUUAAACUUGUGCUUCUCCAAACUCAAUGAAGACUCUUUUGCUUGCAUCUUGAAUUUACACAACUUAGUUGAGCUUUAUCUUUCAAAGGCUUAUGACGGAAAGGAACUAAUCUUCCAUGCAACAUCAUUUCCGAAACUCAAAUUACUAGCAGUAUGGGAUGCUCCUUAUCUCAGAAAAGUUGCAAUCCAACAAGGUGCGCUACAAAGUCUUGUUAGGCUAUGGCUAGCUGAUUGUCCAGAAUUAAGGGAUGUUCCUGAUGGCAUCGAGCAUCUGAGAACCCUUGAGCAUCUGAGAAUUAAGGGAAGUUCAGAUGAGCUCUGGAGGAAGCUUGAGAUAAAAGGAAAAUCGAACAAACGCAAUGAAGAUAGAAUGAAGAUCAGCCAUGUCAAAUGGGUCGAAAUUGUUUAGGAGAAAUGAUCAAGAAAAAUGUGGUGAACUAGACAAAACAAACAGUUUGUUUUGUGCAUAUAAGGGCUGGCUGGAAACAGUCCGGAGUACCGGAAUUCAGUUAGCCCAUAUAGGCGUUUUUUCAGAUACUUGUGACCGAGCUUUGAGCCACGCUUGGGAUGGCACGCAUGUUGGGUUAACUGGUCAAUCUUUUGCAUGUAACUGCCCACGUUCUGCGCUGAUAAAAGGAAGAGAAAAAAAGGCAGAAAAGCUGCUGAAGUUGGCAGCACAAAAUCCUGUUUUGCUCUGUUCUCGUUUCUUCAGUUUUACUGAUCACAUACGAAAAUAUUCAGAGUGUGAGCGAGUUCCAGAGGACGAUCUCGGUUGAUCAUUGACAGAGAAAACAUUAUAGGUACACAGUACAUAUGUUCUGUAUGCACGCAUCAGGUACAUCUCCUGAAACUAAACCAUCAUUUUUUUCUUAACGAACACCUAAAUAUUUUGUACAUAUAUUUCCCUACAAAAAAGAAUCAUUCAGAACUUGAUGUCCAUCCUCUGCGCAUUGAGAGUAUUACAUCCUCUGACCAAUCGAGUAUAGGAUGGAAAACCUCUAUUUUCUUUUUCUCGAAAACAUAGGAGAACUGUGUUUCAUUUUUUUUAUUAAGAAGAAAGAAAUAUUUACAAACAAGUGAUCUGGUACUCUUUAACUUCCAUGGAAUCUGGUACUCUGCCAUUAGUCAUCCGCACCUGAGGUGGCUUCACCGUCGCUGCUGUGGAGGUAGAUCGCAGACGCACGAUGGGAAGCAGCGGUGAGGCGGAGGAAAGGGGCUGACGCAGAAGAGGGAUGCGGAUAUGGGUGCUGACUGCUGAGAAUAUGGGACUCAACUCAACUUCCUCAGAGGACGAAACUGCCCCUCCAUAACGACGUUUACUCUAUUAAGUUACUAUCUAUAAACCGGAUGAGACUCCCUAACUUUGUGCAGUUUGCAGUUGUGGCACUGACAUAUGGGCCAGACACAUUUGGCCCACAUGUUAGUGCCACAACUGCAAACUACAUAAAGUCAGGGGAUCUGUUUCCCUAUAAACCAUCCAUGAGCUUUAAUACUCAUGCAGUUUAUUUUUUGAGGAGCAUAGAAGCACUUCUCUUUAAUUUGUUCAAUGAUUAGUACUAAUGAACCCUGACUUUUCAUCAAUCUUUUCCUACCUUUCCUACAGUGUACUAAAUUUAUUUAUCUCCAAACUUAGCUUGGCAAACCAUUUUUUUUGUUAUUAAUUAAUAACUAAUAUCCUUUUUAUUCCUAGCGUGAUUGUUAAAAAAACAUAUCGAUGAUGACUUAGUUAUUCCAGUAGUAAAGCGUGGGGAAUCACCUAGUUGGUUUGAUGGCUACAACCUUCAUUGGGUGGUGAGCACGUAGUUGUACAAACUUAAUUUCAGCAGCUAUAUAUAGCAUAUGUUUUUUCUAACAUUGUACACACUAUAGUGAAACUUGCUUCUUGAAGACUACAAGGUUGCAAAAGAUUAUAUUGAAGACAUUCAGGAUAUAUGUGAUGAUUUUGAGGAUGUUAACUCAACUUAGCAGCAAAUAAAGGCAUGAACUUUUAUGACUUCUUCGUCUUCACAACACGUUUUGCUUUAGCCAAUAUAGUUGAGCUUUACCAUAUUCAAAAUCCAAAAGGCCCUCGGUUCAACAGAAACCACAAACCACUUUGUGUAUAACCUCAUGUCAAUCCGUAAUGUUCCAUGAAGAGUGAUAUCUACAGAAGCUUUCACUGCCGAGAAUAUUUGUAACAUCUGAGAACAAAACCAGAGUGCUUUCUCCGAUAUCAUAAAAAUAUUGGAAGAAGAGAGUUUCAGAAGGUUAUUGGUGGCGAUGUCAAAGGCACAUAGACACAGGACAAAGUGAUUGACUCAAAAUGAAGGAUUCAAGUCAGAAGGGUUGUUUGUCAGUGACCUGCUUGAAAUCUGACUGUAAUGUUGUUGGUGACAUUACUUCUUUCAAGCGUGAGAUUCAUGGACCUGUGGAUUUGGUAAUACUAAUUGAUAGUGCUCUCUCUGAUGGAUAGUUAUAAGCUUACCUGGCACUGUAAACUUGUGCUUGCACCAUUGCAUAACCUAUUUCUUUAGGAAUCCUGGAUACUUGACCAGUUGACCACUGUUGAAUGCUCCCAUCCUCUGCAUUCUGGAAGGAUAGCUAAGCAUGACAUUCCCAUUACCAUCUUGUGAUUCUCAAAUCUGGUAUUGCAACCUUUAUCUUUUAAAAUCAUUUCACAGUGUGAAGGAUGGGCAAGAGUACUGUACCAUCUGACAGUAAUUAUGUUGUGAAAAUUUCUCAUGAAGAACUAGUUGGAAAGUAAGGAGCUAAUUGUUGGUCAGUGACUUGCUGUCUUGGAUAUGUAUUUCAAGGUGAAUCCACUGAAGGUGACACAUUGACAUACUGCUAAUACUUUCAGAAAAUGACCUCAAAUGUUUCACCAUAGAAGAUAGAAAAUACUAUGUUCCUUCUUUAUGUUGUUUUAGAUGCGUACAGUAAAACAUCAAAGUCUCACUAACAUUUUUGUAUUGGAGACCGUGUCAACGUCCUAAGCGACAUAUAAGAAAAAAUGAUGUUGUUUUUCUUUUUCUUCCAUGGAUUAUACUGAUUUUGUUUUAGUUUGCUCUUUUCUUUACCUUUUGUUGUGCUCCCAGCAACCAAAUGGAAGUUCUUGAUGAUGCAGCAUGAAGAGUGUCUGCAUACCAAUAAAUGCUCUCAGCUGCUGUUGUUAUGUUAGGCUGCUAGCAAAAAUGUAUUGGGUAAAACAUCGAUAACUUCUUUGCUAUUCAAUAAACAUGCAGCUUAUAGCCAACAGUGCAAUGAUUUUUCUCUUGAUAAUCUCUGUUGUAUAAUGAUGUAUUUAUGUGAAAUUUAUACAUCUUAAACUCCUAAGAGAAUUCCAAUAUGAACAGCAAAUCUUAUAAAUGCAAUCUGCUAAAAAGAUCGUUUUUCCUAUUCUUUUUUUUUAAAAAAAAAAAUUGUGGCUUGUUUUGCUGUGUUUUUGUUCUAAAAUUCUUUACUACAAAAAAAUGCUAACAAUCCAUCAUAAUGUCUAACUGAUAACUAGUUGUUACUCCUUUUUUCUUAUGGGAAAACGGAUCAUUUCCCAUUGCUUAGACAAACACUAUGAUGAUGAUUUGCAUCUUAUCCUGUGACAACUGAUGAUGUAGCCGCAGAGGCUGAAAACAACACAUAGGAAAACUGUAGAAAGAAAAAGAAGAACUGAUUGUUUUGUUCUUUAAUUUAUAUAAAUUCACUGUGCAGUUGCACAGUCCUUAAGGAUAUCUGUGGAUAUGAAUGCCAGAAAACAACAGGUUUCUGUCAUUAGUAAAAUUAUCUUCAAAACCGGGCCCGUUCUUUCUGAUACACACACAUGCAUGACCAGUAAGUAUACGUCCUGUAAAUCAAAACCGUUUCGUAUUGGAUUGGAUUGUUGCUGUUGGAAUGGCAUGGCCUGUAACCUGGAAGAAGAUUGUCCGGUGUGGUAUGGUAGCACUGGACCGCUGAUUGCAUUGGUGCAUGUCAAAUUAUUGUCUGUCAGAUCCAUCUGGGGACUAAGUAGCAGCAACAGCAGCAGCAGCAGGUAUGCUUGUCUUUGUAUGCACUGCACAUCUGUUGGCUGUGUCUCCUGUUUGUGCUGUCAUCUUUGUUCAGCUUUCCAGUGCCACAUUAUGCCUUUGUCUACCAGAUUGUUAACCAUGCCAGGAGGCUAUCAUGCAUACUGUCUUCUUUUUUUUUUUAUACCACUAACAUGGUGAAAGAAGGCAGAAGAACAAGAAUCACUGGGAGAAGUGGAGGAUACUUCUCAAGUGUUCUCUUCAUGCCGGCAGCCUUGAACACUACAGAGGAAGGCCGCCUCGGUUUUCGCUGUUACAGUUACUUUGCUGAACUGAACUGUUACGAUCACCUGCUAACAAUUGCAGCCGUUUCUCACUGCCGAGUGUGGCUUGUCGAUCGUUCUCACACCACAUGCUCCCAUCAGCAAGGGACAAACGGUGUCCUGCUGCAAUCCUGCUGAAAUGAACUCCAGAAGCUUAGCACUGAAACACAGAUUUUUCAGUGGCUCGCUCACUUCCCGGUGUCUGGCUUCUUCAACAGCGUACGUGCAGGCUCCAGCCUGCAGCAGCUGCAUGUACUCUCCCUCCUCUUCUCUUUUUUACCCUUUACUGCUUUCGGUGAUGGCCAUGUUCUCCUACAGAGUCAUCUGUUAGCUAGGGAUGAUAAAUGUGGCGGUAAUUUGGUCAGUUAUCGGACUUAUCGAGCCGGUAUGCGAAUCGAGAAACGGUUCGGUAAACUAGCCGAGUUCUAAAUGGAACCAGUUUGGAAUUCAAAUCCCUAGCAAAAUGUAUUCGGAGUUCUUCGGUUCCAGUUGAUAACAGAGAGGUAAUUAGGGUGAAAACGGUAUGGAAAUCCCUAACCAUACUGAGACUGUUUCAGUAGAAAUAAGAUUAAAAACAGUAUUAUUUUCGACCAUUUCCGUUUCUACCUAUAUGUAAAAUUUAAUUUUUCUGAUUUUUGACAACGCGGAAUUCAUGUUGUCACUAAAUAAUUAAAUUCAUAAAUAAUAAAAAUCCUCGAAUUUACCAAGACCGUUUCUGUAAAAUUGAUAUCGCUUCGGACCGUUUUCAUCACUAGCAUGGUUUUGGGAGCGGUAUUCGCUGACUGGAUGAAUGGUUUUGUAUACCAUGCUGGUACAUAGUAGCUGCAUACUUGGAGUAGACGGGUGAGUGGUCCAGGCAAAACGGAUUGGAUGGACGGAUGGGGUUUGGGAUUAGAUGCUUCUGCUUUACUGCAAAUGCAUCAUGGAUGAAAACGUGGACGUGAAGGAAGGGACAAAAUGCUUUGGGGGAGAAAAAAGAAAGAGGGGAAAAAAAUUAUAGACCUACAGUCUCUAGGGACAGCAUAGUAUUCAUGCUAGUUCCAUCGUUUGAUAGAACUGUAUAUAUUCCCUUCUCUUCCCUAUAUUUCUCACUUUCAUGGGGACGAAUGCAAUUGAUUAAUUACACCUAAUAGUAAUAAUAGUGUUGAGAGCCCAGAUCGAGGUGGUUAGUAUGCUUGAUUGCUUCUUGUGCUUCUAAUGGUAGUGAUGUGUGCUGAUUGCUCGAGGUGAUAUUGCUUAGCGUUUAAGCUCGGUACAUGCAUUUUUGUACUACCUUUGGUUUUUUGCACUGUUUCCUACAAUGAUGUUUCCUCUUAUGUUUCUCUGAACAUUUGAGUCGGAUCCAAGGAAGGAAGAAGGUGAAUGAUGUGUGUUCUUCUUUUGUUUCUCUAAACAUUUGAGUCGGAUUCAUGGAAUGAAGAGAAGGGGAAUCGUCUUUGUUGCGGUGGUGGUAGUGUUGUAGUUGCAUAACUUAUAUAAAUUGCAUCGUCCAUAUUUAUGCACUUACAGGACCUCUCCAGAUUGAGGGAUUUUUAUAGGAUUUUCAAAGGAAUAUUGUAGAUAGGAAAUAUUUCCUUUCAGUGAAACAAAGGAAAAUUUCCAUCCACUCCUAUCUUAUUUUUUUUCCAUUUUCUAUGUUUUUCCUCUAUCUAUCCGUACUGUGUUUUUCAAUAAUCUAUUUUAUUAGACAUGCAUUCCCCCGUAUUUCUAUGA